UCUAAUGUUAGUAGCUCCGAACUACAAUAAAUUUCAGCAAGAACCCACCAACAUUCUCAACCCUCCCGUUCUUCUUUCUCUCCUCUCGAUCUCUCAAGAACCAGAGAGAUCAUAGUUAGUUCACUUCAAAUAGAGAAAAGAAAGUAAAGAUUAAUAUAACAUGCACAACAUGAGCACUCUCGUUUUCUUUAUCCUUCUUUCAACGCUACUAAGUGUUUGUUACGGUGGUCGCGACUUAGUAGAUAAAAACCCGUUCACCGAGCAGGCUUACGUGGCACGCUACUGGGACAAACAUGUUGGCAACAACUUGCCAAAGCCAUCGUUUCUUCUCUCCAAAGCCUCUCCAAUGAGCGCUUCCGAUACGGCGUCGUUCGCGAACCUCGCCGCCACCAACUCCCUCUCCACGCGGCUGCCGGAGUUCUGCUCCGCGGCGCACCUCCUCUGCUUCCCGGAGGUCCGGCCCAGCCUCGAGAAACACACCGGAGACUCCGAUUUCCAGACCUACAACGACGGCCAGAACUUCACCAACUACGGCACCGACUUCGCCGGCGGCCUCGACACCUUCAAGAACUACUCCAACGACCUCUUCAGCACUCCGGUGAACGACUUCCGCCGCUACAGCCGCGGCGCCGCCGGCCACGAGGAAAGAUUUUCCGCCUACGCCGGCGACACCAACGUCGCCGACCAGAGCUUCAGCACCUACGGCACCAACGCCGCCGGCGGCUCCGGCGAGUUCAAAAACUACUCCAGCAACUCCAACGUCCCCGACCUACGCUUCACCACCUACUCCGACAGCACCGGCGGGAGAACGCAAUCUUUCUCCAGCUACAGCGAAGACGGCAACGCCGGCGGCCAGACCUUCCAAUCCUACGGAAAGAACUCCGCCGGCGCGGCGAACGGCUUCGCCGCCUACGGCACAGACUCCAACGUCGCCUCUUCAGAUUUCACGAACUACGGAAAGGGAGGUGCGGGCCCCAACGACACGUUCACGAAUUACGGCGUUAACAUGAACAACCCUACGGAGACGUUUCAGAGCUACGCAGACGGAACCGUUGGUGGAACGCAGAGUUUUUCCAACUACAGAGACCAAGCUAACGUAGGUGCUGACUCGUUCCAAUCCUACGCUAAGAACACGUUAGGGUCCGAAGCGGAUUUUAAAAACUACGGGAAUUCGUUCAACCCUGGUUCGGACACUUUCAAAGGCUACGCUAAAGGCGCAGAAGAUAACAAGGUUGGCUUCACAACCUACAGCGCUAACACAAACGCUACCUUUAAAGAUUACGCCAAACACGGCGUUUCCUUUGCUAGUUACAACGUCUCUUCGGAAUCUAAAACAGUCAGUAGCAGUGUGGUAAAAAGGUGGGUUGAACCGGGUAAGUUUUUUCGCGAGACCAUGCUUAAGGAAGGCACUGUUAUGCCCAUGCCCGAUAUAAGGGAUAAGAUGCCAAAAAGGUCGUUUUUGCCCCGCGCUAUUUUAACCAAAUUGCCCUUCUCGUCUGCGAAGGUUGACGAGUUGAAGCGUGUGUUUAAGGUGUCUGAGAACUCAUCAAUGGACAAAAUGAUCAUGGACUCGUUGGGAGAGUGCGAGAGGGAACCCAGCGUGGGUGAGACCAAACGCUGUGUGGGUUCCGUGGAGGACAUGAUUGACUUUUCAACCUCCGUUUUGGGCCGCAAUGUGGCAGUUUGGACCACAGAGAAUGUAAAAGGGUCCAAUAAGAAUGUGAUGGUGGGUCGGGUUAAAGGGAUGAAUGGUGGGAAGGUGACAAAAUCGGUGUCGUGCCACCAGAGCUUGUUCCCUUAUUUGCUUUACUACUGCCACUCCGUUCCUAAGGUUCGGGUCUACGAAGCGGAUCUUUUGGACCCCGAAUCUAAGGCCAAGAUUAACCACGGUGUUGCUAUCUGCCACUUGGACACAACUGCGUGGAGCCCCACCCACGGUGCAUUCUUGGCACUCGGGUCGGGUCCGGGUAGAAUUGAAGUGUGUCACUGGAUCUUCGAGAAUGACUUGACAUGGACUAUUGCUGACUGAUUUAGGAAAUUGGAGUUGGUUUGCGACUCCGGUGGCUAAUGGAAAUUGAAAGCAGGCUCAACCCAGUGUCAAUGGGUUUUUCAUUUAAGUCACUUUUUUUUUUUUAGAAAUAAAUGUUUUCGACUUUUGGAAGUCUUUAUUUAAUAAUUACUGAUAAUGAGCCUGUGUUUGAAAGUGUGAAUUAUGUAUUUAUAUGGCUUUCCCAUUUAGUGGAAGCGAAUGAAUGAAUGCAUCUUGCCAUA